UGGCAUGCGCAUGUGCAAGCGAGUAUCCUCGAGGUGAAAGUUCGUCUCCAAGAUGGCGGCCCCCUUGGAUGACAUGUUUUCCUUCUGCAUGGAUCCCAGCAAAGUUGCCGGCGCCGUGGAAGUGCGAUUUAUUGACAACGUCAAGGGGAAAGGUCUGUUUGCAAAGAGGGGCAUCAAGAAGGGUGAGGUCAUUUUCAUUGAGCGCCCGCUUGUCUGUGCCCAGUUCCUGUGGAAUGCUUUGUAUAAAUAUAAAGCAUGUGAUUACUGUUUACGAGCCCUGGAGACGGCGGAGGAGAACGCUAGGAGACUGGCAGGCAAUCCAGACCUCAGGCUUCCUUAUGCGGAACUCUGUCCAGUCCGACCACAACUCCACCAAGCCUGCCCUCAGUGUCAGGUGAUUUACUGCAGCGCUGAUUGUCGCCAAGCUGCGGUGGACCAGUACCAUCGAGCGCUGUGUCUCGGCCCGUCUCAUGAAGAUCCAGAACACCCCGUCAACAAGCUGAAAGAUGCCUGGAGGACCAUGCACUAUCCUCCAGAGACCUCCAGCAUCACGCUUCUGGCCAGAAUGGUCGCAACUGUUAAACAAGCCAAAGACAAAGCACACUGGCAGAAGCUGUUCUCGUACUUCUGCAGCCGCACAGCCAAUGAGGAAGACGAGCUGGCCCACAAGCUACUGGGGGAGAAAUUCAGGGGUCAGCUGGCGGUGUUACAGAGUCUUUUCAAAGAGGCGCUGUACGAUGAUGAGCUAAGUCGGUGGUUUGUUCCCGAAGGUUUCCGUUCGCUUUUUGCUUUGAUCGGAACUAAUGGACAAGGCAUCGGCACAAGCUCUCUGAGUCAGUGGGUUCAUGCCUGCGAUGCAGUUGAGCUUCCCACCCAGAAGAGAGCGCAGUUGGACUCCUUUAUCGACCAGCUGUACAAAGAUAUUGAGCGAGAAACCGGAGACUUUCUGAACAAUGAAGGCUCGGGACUCUUUUUGCUGCAAAGCUCAUGCAAUCACAGCUGCAUGCCCAAUGCUGAGGCUUCCUUCCCCGACAACAACUUCCUGCUUCACCUCAGUGCCCUUGGUGACAUCGAUCCAGGCCAGGAGAUUUGCAUCAGUUAUUUGGACUGCUGCCAAAGGGACAGAAGCCGUCACAGCAGACACAAAAUUCUGAGGGAGAACUACAUGUUCGUCUGCUCGUGUGUCAAAUGCAUCUCCCAGAUGGAAGAGCCGGACGUGACAUCAGAGGAGGAAGAGGACGAUGAAGAAGAAGCAGAGGCCGAAGGUGAAACGGAGGGCGAUGAUAUGGAAGAUGAGAUGACAGACGUGUGAUUAAAAAAAGACCACAUUCUCGUCAUCCUCUUGACGUGCAACCUCAUCUAUCCUCUAGCUCGGUGCGCACAUCAAUAAACAAAACUUUUCACAGUUGCUGUAAGAAAACCUUUCACCUUUUUUGGCUAGGUGGAAUGGAUCAUGGUUAAGGCUCAAGAGUUUGUUUCUUGCAACUUAAAAUAAGACAUUGGAGCUCAUAAACAAAAUGGAGGCUCAAUGUAGCUGAACAGUGCUGCCGUUCUUGCUUGGGGAUAACAACAGAAAAAUCCACUCAUUAUUUUGAGCACUGUGAUGUAUGUGUAUUUGCUGUAUGUUAAAAUGAUGGUAUAAAGGAAUAUGAGGGCCCCACUUGAAAAGAAAAAAAAAACGGCAAUAAAUUUGUGACUACAAUAACAUAUGUUUACAAUAGUUUGAAUUGUACAAGUUUGCAGGACUAAGACGUUAAAAAUUCUUGUUAGAAUACAGUUGUAAUUUUCAGAAAACAGUUUUCUGAGAAUUAAUUUUUUUUGUAAAAAUAUAUAAUAUGAAAAAAUCAUAUUAAACUUUAAAUUGCAACUUUUUACAAUUCCCCCUUGAAAUGUUAUUUCUUUAGAAGGUUGUUUAUUUUUAAUGCAAUGUUUUAAAAUAGACAUUAGAUAAUCAUAUGACAAGUUUUCUCACACUACUACAGUUUUUUUUUAAAUUGCAAUUUUUUACAAUUCCCCCUUGAAAUGUUAUUUCUUUAGAAGGUUGUUUAUUUUUAAUGCAAUGUUUUAAAAUAGACAUUAGAUAAUCAUAUGACAAGUUUUCUCACACUAUUACAGUUUUUUUUUUCUUGAAAAACAAUGGACUCAAUGUUGUGGUCCACAAAACUAAUCAUUUACUUUUUGUCUUGAACUUUAUUCUCUAUUCUACUCUCAUAAAUAAACUAACUUCAAACUUUUUUUUAAUGAAGUAAAUAAUACCAUUUUUAUGAAGUAUUUGAAAGAAUUUGUAAUUUCACUUAAAAAUCAUUCUUUAUUCUUGUGAUAUCACCAACUUCUCAAGAAAAUGAUUUCAGUUUCCACCAAAAUACAACCUUUUAGAAUUUUAUCAGCUUCUAUCGUGUAAUGCUGCUAUGCUGUUGCAAAAAAUACAUAGUUUAAUAAUAAUGAUAAGAAUAAAACUUAAUUCUCUGAAUAAAUAUAGCAGCGUAUUUGCUGUAGGAAAUGAGGAUUGUUUGUUUUCUGCUUAUCAGUGUCGUCCUAAUACGCCUACGGAUCGUGGCGCCUCUUUAGAUGCUGAGCCAUGGAAACGGGCCAGCAUACGUGAGUCAUUGUCACAGGCUUUUUGUGUCAUUCAAGUUUACACUUAGUCUGGAGUGUCAUUCAGAGAGCAGUUACUAUGGCGCUCAAGUUUAAUUUUACUUGUGUACUGUAUAUAUCCUUCUACAUUUCUCAACCAAUUCAAUACAUUCCCUAUACGAC